AUGACGAGGUCCAAAGUAGUUGAUUCUCUGACUGGAGAGACAAAGGAAAGCAGUUCUCGAACAAGUUCAGGAAUGUCUCUUACAAGAGGGCAGGACACAAUUAUUCGUACAAUUGAGAAAAGGAUAGCAGAUUACACCUCAAUACCAAUAGAGAAUGGUGAGGGCCUUCAAGUUCUCCACUAUGCAAUUGGACAGAAGUUCGAGCCUCACUUUGACUACACUAACGUUAGUUUCGUCACAAAAAAUGGAGGCCCUCGUAUGGCGACUCUACUUAUGUAUCUCUCGGAUGUUGAAAAGGGUGGCGAGACUGUGUUCCCUAACGCGACAGCAAAAGGCAAGCUGUCUAAUCAAUGUCUAAAGCUAAAGAGUGGUAUAUCUGUUAAACCUAAAAUGGGAGAUGCAUUGCUUUUCUGGAGCAUGAAGCCUGAUGGAUCUCGUGAUCCCACAAGCCUGCAUGGUGGAAGUCCAGUGAUUAAAGGCGACAAAUGGUCAGCGACCAAGUGGAUGCAUGUUAACAAGUACAACUAG